CCGACUACUAUCCUCAUGGCCGAGAGCAUACUGUUGAAUACUCGUAUACUAUCAUGUCCCCAUCCCCACAAAAUGCCGCUCAGAUCGAAAUGAGCUGCAGACCUAACGCACCCCCUCGACUACGUGUUGAGAUCUCCCGGGGCGAAGCCCCCCAUCCCUCAUCAUUGAGAGCCAUUCUGCCAAGUAAACCAUCGUCUGAUGCCCCCUCGUUAAAUUUCACGCAUUGGGCAUCAGGAAGCCUGAGCAUGAGAAUAGCACACGAUGUGGAUGCGGGGCAUACGAGGUUGAUGCUCUAGUUAACUUUCUUUGUUAAUGCUCAAGACAAAGAGUCGCGAAAUAAAAGUCAUUGAUCGUCGUCGGUUAGAUUUCCAAGGUCUUGAGAUCUCCGCGCUCGAAUGCAAGGCCUGUAAUCCAC